AUUGUCAUAAUUUCACUAGUUUUACUUUAAUAGUUCUUGUUAGUUUAGUGAUUAGUGAUACUUAUAAUCAAUAAACGAAUAAUUCAACCUCAAAAAAAAUAUAAUUUUGAGGUUAGGGUUAGAACACAGUUUUUAAACAGAAAGCUCAUCCACAAAUUUAUAAAAUGACACCGAAGAUUAAGGUGGGAAUAAUUGGAGGCUCCGGCUUGGACAAUCCUGACAUUUUAGAAAACCGAGAAGAAUUCACAGUAGAUACUCCAUACGGAGCUCCUUCUGAUGUCCUAAUAAAAGGCACCAUAAAAAACGUCCCUUGUGUGUUACUUGCACGCCAUGGUAGAAACCACAGCAUCAUGCCGACUAAUAUUAACUACCAAGCCAAUAUCUGGGCACUCCACCAUGCCGGCUGCACACACAUCAUAGUAUCAACAGCCACUGGAUCUCUGCAAGAAAAUUAUAAGCCCGGCGACUUAGUAAUCUUAGAUGAUUUUAUAGAUCGUACCACCAAAAGAGCUAGUACAUUUUAUGAUGGAGGAUAUAAAUCUCCUGUAGGAGUAUGUCAUUUGCCGAUGUACCCAGCUUUUUGUUCAAAAUCCAGAAAUGUUCUGAUAGAAACUGCAAAGUCUUUGAAUAUAAACCAUCAUGAAACUGGUACGGUUGUUACUAUUGAAGGUCCUAGAUUUUCUUCAAGAGCUGAAAGUAGAAUGUUCAGGCAGUGGGGGGCUCAUGUGAUUAACAUGACUACUGUACCUGAGGUGGUGUUAGCAAAGGAGUUGGGUUUAUCAUAUGCGGCUGUAGCUCUGGUAACCGAUUAUGAUUGCUGGAGGGAUUCUGGAGAAUGUGUCUGUGUUGCAGAUGUCCUGGCGAUGUUUAAGAAGAAUGUUAAAGUUAUUGCAGAUUUAAUUGUAAAUUCAAUACCGAACUUAGCUGCUCAAGAUUGGACUUCAACACUGGAAAGUUUAAAGACAACAGCAAGCAGUAGUGUUAUGCUGCCCAGUUGAUUAUUUCUUUCGGGUAUAAAUUUAACUUUAGAAUUAUGUAGUGAUUCUUUUGCCUAUACAAUACUUUAAUAAUAUCAAAUUUUGUUUAUUUUAAGAAUAGUUAAA